AUGUAUUUACCAUGUUCAAGAACUGCAACACUUAAUACCAAUGUUAGCCAGUUGAAUGCAUUUUCACCAAUUAAAAAUCAUAUCAAUGAAUUGUUUAACUAUGCUCACCCACAUCAAUAUGGUGAGCUUACAACAGAAACAUUGAAACACAAUCCUUAUCAACCUUUUAAUAAUAAAAGAAGAAGUGGAUCAAAACUAGUUUCAAUGAAUAAUCAAGAUCCAGACCAAAACUCUUCAAAUUUAUGGAAUUUACUGAAAGAUUAUCUUAAGAGAGUUAUCCUGGCUAAUGAAUACCCUGUCACUUUUGUUCCCUUUAUUGCUCAUCCUGAGAUAGAAAAGGAUAUUUGUGAAAUUAUACAUUUGAACUUGAUGAGCUUAUUCUCACCCCGAUCUCAAGAUUACUGUGGUAUUGUCAUUUCUGGUGGAAGUGAUACUGGAAAAACUCAUAUUGGAUUUGAAACUGAGAAUAUU